GGCUGGUUGCGAAGGUAGUGGUCGUGGUGGUGUACUGGAAGAAGCAAGUGUUUCCUCUGGGCUUGUUAGCUGCAAGGUUUAGUAACAACCUUUUACUCGUGUAUCUGUCAGGUUAGGCGCCGAAUUUAUCGGCGUUUGAUCCCUUUGUUAUGCAUUAUUUGGUUUCUGCAUGCUAAUUUUGCAAUCUAGCUUGGCAGGUGAAUCUAAAUCUGUCUGAAAGCAUAUUUGAAUAUAAUAGGGACACGAAAUUACGAUGCCAUCCCCGAUGGAGGGAUCUUCCAGAGAAGGUGACCUGUUUACUGUGAAACACGAACUGAAAAAUGCCAACCUGACGGGCCAUGUAGAGAGGGUGGGGAUAGAAAACUUUGAGCUAUUAAAGGUGCUGGGUACCGGAGCAUAUGGAAAGGUGUUCCUCGUGAGAAAAGUCAGUGGCCAUGAUGCAGGAAAGCUUUAUGCCAUGAAGGUUUUGAAGAAGGCCACUAUUGUACAGAAGGCCAAGACUGCAGAACACACGCGGACCGAGCGGCAGGUGUUGGAGCACAUUCGCCAGUCUCCAUUCCUUGUCACACUUCACUAUGCCUUCCAAACAGAAACCAAGCUGCACCUCAUUCUUGAUUAUGUAAAUGGUGGGGAGCUCUUCACGCACUUAGUGCAAAGGGUGCGGUUUAAGGAGCAAGAAGUAGCCCUGUAUAGUGGAGAGAUUGUCUUGGCACUAGAACAUCUACACGAGCUUGGGAUUGUCUAUCGGGACCUUAAACUUGAGAAUAUUCUACUAGAUUCAAACGGUCACAUAGUUCUCACAGAUUUCGGCCUUAGUAAAGAAUUUGAUCAGGCUGAAAGAGCUUUCUCUGUCUGUGGCACCAUUGAAUAUAUGGCUCCAGAAAUUGUGGAAGGAGGAGAGUCUGGACAUGACAAGGCGGUGGACUGGUGGAGCCUCGGCGUGCUGAUGUAUGAGCUUUUGACUGGUGGGUCGCCCUUCACUGUUGAUGGAGAUGAGAACUCGCACACGGACAUUGCCAAGAGGAUUGCCAAAAAAGAUCCUCCUUUCCCUAAAGACAUGGGACCACUGGCCAAAGACCUAAUCCAGCGACUCCUCAUUAAAGAUCCAAAGAAGAGAUUAGGGUCGGGGCCUAAUGGAGCGGAGAAUGUAAAGAAACACCCAUUUUACCAGAAAAUUAACUGGGAGGACUUGGCAGCCAAGAAGGUGCCUGCGCCGUUCAAGCCAGUGAUUCGGGAUGAGCUGGACGUCAGCAACUUUGCAGACGAGUUCACAGAGAUGGACCCCACCUACUCUCCCGCAGCUCUGCCUCAGAACUGUGACCGCAUCUUCCAGGGUUACUCUUUUAUGGCCCCCUCCAUCCUGUUCAAAAGGAAUGUGGUGAUGGAUGACCCUGUCCAGCUGUGUGGGGGUUCUGAAAAGCCAGGCUCAGCUGCGGUGGCCCGCAGCGCCAUGAUGAAGGACUCGCCUUUCUAUAUGAGUUAUGAGAUGGACCUGAAGGAAAGUGCUCUGGGGGAGGGUAGCUUCUCGAUCUGCAGACGGUGCACACACAAGAAGACUGGGCAGAAAUAUGCAGUCAAGAUUGUCAGCAAGAGGAUGGAGGCCCAGACUCAGCGGGAAAUAGCAGCCCUGAAGCUCUGCGACGGUCACCCCAACAUUGUCAAGUUACAUGAAAUUUACCACGAUCAGCUUCACACAUACCUGGUUCUGGAGUUGCUUGGUGGAGGGGAGUUGCUGGAGAGAAUCCGCCGGAAACAACAUUUCAGCGAAACGGAAGCCAGCCGGAUCAUGCGCAAACUGGUGUCUGCUGUCAGUCACAUGCAUGACGUAGGAGUUGUGCACAGGGAUCUUAAACCGGAGAACCUGCUCUUCACAGAUGAGAGUGAGAACUCUGAGAUAAAAAUCAUAGACUUUGGCUUCGCUCGACUGAAACCACCAGACAAUCAGCUCCUAAAGACUCCUUGCUUCACCCUGCAGUAUGCUGCACCAGAGAUACUCAAAUAUGAUGGCUAUGAUGAGUCCUGUGACCUGUGGAGUCUAGGGGUCAUCCUGUACACCAUGCUGUCUGGCCAGGUGCCUUUUCAGUGCCAGGAGAAGAGCCUGACCCACACCAGUGCUGAAGAGAUUAUGCGUAAAAUCAAACAGGGAGAUUUCUCUUUUCAAGGAGAGGCCUGGAGAAACGUGUCCCAGCAAGCUAAGGACCUCAUACAAGAGCUGCUGACGGUCGACCCUAACAAGAGGAUUAAGAUGUGUGGCCUCCGUUACAACGCCUGGCUCCAGGACGACAGCCAGUUGUCCUCCAACCCACUUAUGACCCCAGACAUUCUCGGAUCCUCCACUGCCUCUGUCCACACUUGUGUCAAAGCUACUUUUAAUGCAUUUAACAAAUGUAAGCGGGAAGGGUUCCGCCUCCAGACGGUGGACAAGGCGCCUCUAGCCAAGAGGAGGAAGAUGAAAAAAACAAGUACCAGCACAGAGACCCGCAGCAGUUCCAGCGAGAGUACCCAUUCGUCCUCCUCCUCCUCCCAGUCACAGGAGAAGACUUUUCAAGAAGGAGACCCAAAUCGACAGCACUCUUGCAUCACUCCUGUCAUCACCCCUGUCAACACACCGGUGCCCUCUGGAACAGAUUCUGGGCACCAGCCAGCACCUCCAGCCUUUCCCUUCUCAGAAGGACAGUAAGACAGCCUGAGGAGAAUCCAGAUUCAGACAGUUGGGUCUGAA